AUUUUGACAGUAGUGCAGAUAUUUUGACAAAAGUAUUCGUACAGAAUGUAUGCUAAAUAAAAACAUUGUGCUUGAAACACCAAAUUUGUGUGAAAUUCGUGAAAAAUAUCGCUUUUCGAUCGUAAAUCGGGACGUAUAAUCGGUGCACUACUUUAUAACUAUACGCAGAGUAUAUUACAUUUCAGCUGUAGUUCCCAUUUGCGCGGGUUACGGACGACUGCCCGUCCGUUCGAUGAUUCAGUUUGUAUGAGCAUAUUAUGCUUAAUCGGAAAUAAUCAUGAGUUAUCCGAAGCAGCUGCACAUGGGAGAGCAUAUUGAUGAUUUGGAAAGGCUUUACAUGAAGCUUCCGCCCGACAUUAAGGACCGCGAACUGGACAUAAUAUGCAAAUCGGCACGGAAGCUCAUCGAGCACAGCGAAAAACACUACAUCAACCGGGAUGAAGAGCUGGCGUACAUUGGAUACAUGAAGCUGAUGAAUCUGGUACAGGUCAUACGGAAGAAUAAGGAUUACGCGCGAAAAAAGGAAACGGUCACGAAACUGCUGGGCACGCAGAGUGAUUUCAAUCGGAUUUUCGAGAAGCUGCAAAAAUUGAAAGAAAGCCUAGAACAUCGGUAUCAAGAGCGAGCCCGACAAAAAGGACAAACAAUCCCUCCGAAGACUAUUGAUUUGGGUCAGGAAAAAAGCAAUGGAUCAGUGGUAGGAAAAGAUAUAGACACAAUAAUACCGGCAACCGGACACAAACAAACCGUUACUGCGAUGGAACUGCACGGAAUGAUAAAUGAUUGUCGAAUUAGUAUGCUGAUAAUGGACUGUCGUCCAGUGAAAGAUUUCGUUGCGUCUCAUUUGCGGUACUCGUACCUGGUUAAUGUACCAGAGCAUUUACUGGUGGCCGGUAUGACCGCCGGCAAGAUUAACCAUGCACUUCCCGCUGAAUCGCGUACACUCUGGUCAAACAGGAUGGUGAAGGAUCAAGUGGUACUGAUGGAUUGGAAUACGGCCGGGGCACCGGUGAAGGAUACGCCCAUUUACAUUUUGAAUUACAUCCUAUGCCAUUACGAUCAGGAUAUCGAAGAUACGAAAAUUAUUCGACUAGAUGGAGGCUAUGAAAGCUUCGUGUUGCAUUAUCCGGCGAGCUGUUUGAAUCCUUCCUACCGUCCACCGAUGGUUGUGGACGGGUUGGGCGAUAACAUAGACGAUAUUGAAUAUCCGAACAUUAGUGACAUUCCGAUGAAAGAAGAAAGCUUCACGAAGCCUGGUUUUAAGCCUACCAUCGAUCGUAACAGCAAGGUGGCAGCAGUUACCUUGUACGAAGCACGCAACAAACCACUGGAGGAUAUUCUAGUCGAACAUGAGCAGAUACUGGACAAAUCGAAACAAAAUGCGCUGGAAAUUAUUAACACCGAAACGGAACUGAAAAAUCUCGAAAAGCAACAACCGCCUGAGCCCGGCGCGGAUGAAACGCAAGAAUCGCUGCUAUUCGAAGUGAUGCAGCUAAAGGAUCGUCAGCGAGAUUUUGAAGCUGAAAAAGCACGCAUUUUAGAAGAGGAAGAAAAGUAUAAGGAAAUGGAAAAGGAACAACAGGAGCGAGGCGAACAAAUUUCUACCGAACAAGCGGAACAGCUAGAACGAGAAGCAUACGAGCGUAGAUUGCGCGACAAGGAGCGGGAACAACGAGAGCUGGAAGAAAAAUGUCAGCGUUUGGCGCGCGAGCGUGAAGAAAAACUUACGCUAGCCCGUGAGCAAAAGCGGCACCUUAAGGAGAACGUGCCCGAGACAGUAAAACGACCUUAUUCCGAGGAAGACCAGGGUCCCAACUCGUACGGCAGCAAUGUGAUGAGGUUGCCACUGUUUGACCGGUCCGCUAAACCGUUGGCGGACCAUAAUCACAACUUGCGUAUACGUGAUCUGGACGUAGUGCAGCGCGACUUUGCACCGGUAUAUGGAAGCGUGGGACGUGGACUAACCGGGUUAAAGAAUCUGGGUAAUACCUGCUAUAUGAACAGCAUACUACAGUGCCUCAGCAAUACGUACUUUUUGAAUGAAUUCUUCCACGAUCCAUCGUUCAAGAUGCACCUCAAUCGCAACAAUAAAACGCAAGGAAAAAUCGGCGAAGAGGUAGCCGCCGUCAUCAAGGCACUCUGGACGGGACAGUACAAGUGCAUUGCGAGUAAAAAUUUACGGUACGUCGUUGGACAGUACGAGCGACAGUUUGGUGGUAUCGAGCAGCAGGAUUCACACGAGUUUCUCACCAUACUUAUGGAUUGGUUACACUCCGAUCUGCAAACGAAACAGAUGCAGAUAUCAACCAGCCUCGAUCAGAUGCCACCGUCGGAGAAGGCGUGGAUAGAGCAUUUUAAGGGCAAGGGCAGCUACAUAUCGGAGCUGUUCUAUGGACAAAUCAAAAGUACGGUCAAGUGCACCCGUUGCCACAAGGAGAGUGCCACCUACGAGUCCUUCUCGAAUCUGAGCCUGGAGCUACCGCAAGAUUCGAAUAUCUGUUACUUGGAGAACUGUCUCGAUAUGUACUUUAACGGAGAGGAGGUACGCGGAUGGCACUGUCCAAAGUGCAAAAGCAAUCAGGAUGCGAUCAAAAAGUUAGACAUCUCCCGACUACCAUCGAUAUUAGUAGUGCACUUUAAGCGGUUUUACGCCGAUCCGGACACGAUGGCGACGGUUUACCGGAAGAAGCAAACGCUCGUCAAGUUUCCGCUGAGCGAACUGAACAUGACGCGCUACCUGGCCCGGACUGAGGUGAACCGCAACAAACGGCUAACGACGUUCCGCUACCAUCUGUACGGUGUUUCGAACCAUUACGGUUCGAUGGAGAGUGGUCACUAUACCGCAUUCUGUUUGAACAAUAUACAUCAAAAAUGGUUCAAAUUCGAUGAUUACAACGUGUCCAGCAUUGAUGCGUCCGAUGUGCAAGCUAGUGCUGCGUACAUUCUUUUCUACUCCUGCUUACCCGAUCGGCCACAGUCCGAUGUGCGAUAGGAGAAAGGGUGUUAAGCGCUUCCCCACAAGAAGCAAACAAUAGCACACACACUCACACAGAAACGAACUAAUACAUUUGUGUCCCAUUCGUUGGUUGAUCGGUGCAUGAUCAGCUAGGAGUUAAGACUUGAGGAUGUUCAAAAGGACGAUAAUGUUAAUGUUUACUUUUCGGCGAAGAGGAAAUAACAGAUGAAACCGAGAUAAUGAAACAAGGGGGGGGGGGCAAACCGGGAGCUACCACCACUACCACUUCGAAGGAUGUAUGUAAGGAAUAAUUAUGUUUGGUAUUGAAACGAAAUGGAUAUGAUUCGGUGCAGUGCAGGCAAGCAUAUAUAUAUAUAUAAACUGUGCAUCUAAUAUAUUGAUAACAUUAUUACUACUACUACUACUACUACUACUACUACUACUGUGAUGGCCAAUCAAAAACAGAAGGAGGAACAAACUACAACAAACGACUGGAUGUGCGAUAAAGAACGAACGGGAUAAGUUAUGUAGGAUGAUAUAAAAGCAAAGCUAAAUGAAUUUUUUGAUAAUAUGACUGCAGUGUAAGGUUUGAUAGUGAACCGACGUGGGCGGAUAUAGAGCAGAAAAACGACUACUGUUUAGGUUACUGUGUAUCUUGAUGAAGGUAUACCUCUAUAUAAAAGAAGGAACAGUGGUUUAUAUAUAUAGAUAAACGAUGAUGAUAUGUUAAAAGCUACGAGCAUAUUUUUGCAAACAAAUAUAUGAAGUAGUCCAAGCGGAUGGACUUGAUUCUA